CAUCUCAUCUCCCAAACAAGUCCUUACAUAACAUGCCUCACUUCUCACCCAAUAUAUGCUUUUUCUGCUACACUUUGUAACACCACCCCCAUCUCUCAUCUUACUCCAUAGAAGAUAGAGCCACCCACAAUCUUUCCUUCCCUUCCCCCCUCCCUUCUCUUUCUCUAAUCCAAACACAGCUUAAAACAAAAAGGAUAAAAACAAAAGGAUAAAAAAAGAAGAAAGAAAAAAAAGAAAAGCUUGGUGCUUUGGAGACUGCAAGAGUGUGCAAGCUUGCUCGCAACUCUCAAAGCAAAGCUGUAGUAUAUUGUAUAGUGCAGCAGAGAAAAAGAAAAGAAAAAAGAAAAAAAAGAAACCCUUUUCUCUCUGUUUAUUACCCACCCACACCAGACAUACACUUUCUCCCAGAACCCCAUAAACCCACAUGCUUUGCCAUUCUCAUUAUCAUCCCCAUCACUACCACCAGCAGCAGCAGUUUUUGUUUGUUCAGAUUUUCUGUCAAUCUUGAACUAGUUGUCUCUUUUGUUUCUUUGAAAAGAAAGGAAAAGAAAAAUCUUUGAGUGAAAGGUUUGAUCAAGGAAUUAACCAGAGGAAGAAGAAGAUGAUCACAGCUUUAGACUUUUACCAUGUAAUGACUGCAAUGGUGCCACUAUACGUGGCUAUGAUCUUGGCUUAUGGAUCAGUGAAAUGGUGGAAGAUUUUCACUCCUGAUCAGUGUUCAGGGAUCAAUCGUUUUGUUGCACUUUUUGCAGUACCUUUGCUCUCUUUCCAUUUCAUCUCCACCAAUAAUCCUUAUACUAUGAACUUUCGCUUCAUAGCUGCUGAUACUCUCCAGAAGAUCAUAGUUCUUUUAGUGUUGGCAGCCUGGACCUUUUGUAGCAGAAGGGGUUGCUUAGAAUGGACUAUUACACUGUUUUCUCUAUCAACUUUACCAAAUACUCUUGUUAUGGGUAUUCCUUUGCUUAAAGGAAUGUAUGGUGAUUUUUCUGGUAGUUUAAUGGUGCAAAUAGUUGUUCUCCAGUGUAUUAUUUGGUACACUUUAAUGCUUUUCAUGUUUGAAUAUAGAGGUGCUAAAAUGCUCAUUUCUGAGCAAUUCCCAGAUACUGCUGGCUCUAUUGUCUCCAUCCAUGUUGAUUCUGAUAUCAUGUCACUUGAUGGAAGGCAACCUUUGGAAACUGAAGCUGAGAUUAAAGAAGAUGGUAAACUUCAUGUCACUGUUAGAAAAUCUAAUGCUUCAAGAUCAGAUAUUUUCUCAAGAAGGUCCCAAGGUUUGUCUUCUACAACACCCAGACCAUCAAAUCUAACAAAUGCUGAAAUUUACUCUUUGCAAUCAUCAAGAAACCCAACUCCUAGAGGUUCUAGUUUCAAUCAUACUGAUUUUUACUCCAUGAUGGCUGCUGGGAGAAACUCCAACUUUGGUGCUUCAGAUGUUUAUGGUCUAUCUGCCUCUAGGGGACCCACACCUAGGCCAUCGAACUUUGAAGAAGAUGGUAGUAACAAGCCAAGGUACCAUUACCAUGGGGCCAGUGGUGCAACCCAUUAUCCUGCACCAAACCCUGGAAUGUUUUCACCAACUGGGUCUAAAGGAACUGCUGCUGCUAACAAUAACGCAAAGAAGCCUAAUGGUCAAGCACAACAUAAAGGUGGUGCUGAAGAUGGAGGUGGCAGGGAUCUUCACAUGUUUGUAUGGAGUUCUAGUGCUUCUCCUGUUUCUGAUGUAUUUGGUAGUCAUGAAUAUGGUGCUCAUGAUCAGAAAGAUGUUAGAUUGGCUGUGUCUCCAGGAAAAGUUGAUGGACAUAGAGAGAAUCAUCAUCAAGAGGAAUAUAUGGAGAGAGAAGAUUUCAGCUUUGGCAAUAGGGGAGCAGAGAGAGAAAUGAACAACCAUAAGGGUGAAAAAGUAAUGGAUGAUGGAAGGCCAAAACCCAUGCCUCCAACAAGUGUCAUGACAAGACUUAUACUGAUCAUGGUUUGGAGGAAACUCAUUAGAAACCCCAACACUUACUCAAGCUUAAUUGGUUUAACUUGGUCUCUAGUUUCAUUCAGGUGGAAUGUAGAAAUGCCUGCCAUCAUAGCAAAGUCCAUUUCCAUUCUGUCAGAUGCAGGACUUGGCAUGGCCAUGUUCAGUCUUGGUCUGUUCAUGGCUUUGCAACCAAGGAUCAUAGCAUGUGGAAAUUCCAUUGCAGCUUUUGCUAUGGCUGUGAGAUUCCUUACAGGUCCAGCUGUCAUGGCAGCUGCUUCUAUUGCUGUUGGCCUUAGAGGAACGCUCUUACAUGUUGCCAUUGUCCAGGCAGCUCUACCACAAGGAAUUGUCCCCUUUGUCUUUGCCAAGGAAUACAACGUACACCCUGAUAUUCUCAGCACAGGGGUGAUAUUUGGGAUGCUGAUUGCAUUGCCUAUAACUCUUGUGUACUACAUUCUAUUGGGGUUGUGAGUUGUGGGAAAUGCAAAAUCAUCAAGAAAUUAGCACCCAUGGAAGCACACAAUUGAUGGAGCUAGAAGUUGGCAUCUAAAAAUUGUUUCAAUGCCAUGGAGAGAAACAACCACCACCAGCCAUGAUCAUAUGAUGAUGAGGCUUUUCUUGCAAAAUUUUUAAUUUUCCUAGUAAAAGUUGUAAAAUCAAUGUUCCUCUAGUCAAAUUAUGAAGGAAAGAAAAGAAAAGAAAAAAAAAAAAAGUUUUCCUAGUUUACUUUUCCUUCAAACCCUAUUUCAAGAAUUUGUGGUAGCAAUGCAAUAGAGAAAGGUGGAACAGAAAGGAAUGCAAUUUUAAUUUUUUAGGAUCUAA